AUGGCGCUAAAAGGACAUGUCUUCCAGACGUUAAAGGUUCCAAGUUCACUUUAUUGUUUAGAAGCUUGUAAGCACGAGGCAAGAUGCCAGAGUUUCAACCACGUCAUGGGAAAAGACAUCGGUGAGCUCAACAACCGCACAAAAGAGGCAAGACCAGAGGACUUCAUCUCGGACGUUACCAAGUUGUACUUGAAAAAGCCUAAGAAUAGAGGUAAAUUGUAGAAGAGUCAAUUUACUGUAUGACAAAUACAAGAUUCUGGGGAAACUCUCCACUUACCCCUCCCUUUACUCAAUAUUUUAAAGUUGGGUACCGUUAGGGGAGAAAUAGGUGUCCAGUGUUUAGAGUCUCUAUAAGACGCCACUAUGAGACGAACACCUCCCCAAAACGUAAACGCGGAGUUGGUCCUCACCUUCGCACUUCAGUCAUCUUCUUUUAGUCAGGUCUCUUAGUGCAAAAUAUAGGCCGGAUCGUUACAGACGUGACAAAAGUGUCAAAUUUGGCUCAGAGCUUCCUUAGCACCAACCGAUUAAUACUGGAGGGGGUGCCCGUUACAAAUGGUCCAAAUUACAGAUUAAAGGGGGGGUUAACUUUCACCUAUAAUAGCAGAUUGGGUGCCCUGUGGUGAGUACUCUUCUUGUUUGAUUUGGCUAAAAAACAUUUGUUGCAAAUUUUUAAGUUUUUAAUUUGGUAAUGUUUAGUUGUUGUUACACUAUUCAAAAUAGUUUUACAUGUACAUAAUACUGACUAGUGCCCAGUCUCCACACGGUAAGUGUGGCCAUGUUCAUUGUGCGGACUGUGCGGCUAUCAGUGUCACUGCUAAGACUUGCCAGUGAUAAUAUCAUUACAUAUCAAUUUAAACAGAUCACAAAGCCAGCUUUCAAAGAUGUCAUACAAUCAUAUAAAACGCAAAUGUAUCACAUGCUAAACGACAGAAUCGUUAAAGUUUGACAUGCCACAUGAACGACCUCAUGAACCGUAACUGACAACGCACCCACUUUGUAAUUGUGCAGCUAAGAUUAGAUUAUAAUUUGCUUCGUUGGUAACCCUGUCCUUGAGAUAAUGAUUAAAACAUGUCAACCUCGUCCUCAGGGGAAAAACGAGGAGCAAGGGUGGCACAGUUGGUUAGUGCGCAGCCCUCGGGGCGAGAGGUCCCGAGUUCGAGCCCGGUGUCAACACAUCCUUAUUUCAACUUCUCUUUUUUCUGUGUAGCUUUGACUAGCUUUAAAUACCCUUAAAACGGAGAAUUAAUGGAGAGAGGGGGUAAAAGGAGCGCACCGUUGACCUCAAGUUUAUCACUUAUUAUUACUGUCACGAGUUAUUGACGUAAGAUAUGGUCGCUUUACCUUUUUCCACCUUUUUAUUAAGCCUUGGGGACGAGGUUGUAAAACGUGCCUCUCCAGGAAUUUUUAACACUCUUUAUUUUUUGCACAUUUGCAUUUAAGGUCUCGGUAAAGGAAAAUGAGGUGCCCACAGAAAAAAAAAAUUCUAGUCGCGCGAGUAUUUUCUCUACAAAGGCAAGUUAUAUAUCAAAUUAAAGCUAAAAGACUAAAUUACCUUAUAAAAGAUUUUAUUUCAUCGAAUUUCAAAAGGCGCUUAAGUUUUUUGCUCUCGAAUUCAGAGGUAUCAAGUUUAUGGCUGAAGCUCCAGCCCUUUCGCGUUGUUAAAUAUUCGCUUCCUUUUUAUUGCGUCUGAUUGACAGAUAAAAGACCUAAAUAAGGGUGUGAGGAAAUUUGCAUAUGUCUCGUAUUAGCGGAAUUAUUGCAUUUCAAACUAAAAAGUCGAAUCUCGAGCGCGAUUUACGCAAAGAAACUGACAUAAAAUGAGUUACAAAGGGAAAUCGGAAAAUUCCUCAAAGCGAUAGCUUAAAACCUGUCCCGACUGGAGAUCGGAGAAUUUUGAUUUUUGCGUCUCAAAUAGAGUGAGAGAAAAUCAGCUCUAAAGAUUUAGCGCGAGGUCCACCCUUGGCUGGUUAGCUCAGAAAAGGCUCAUUUUAGAAGGGUUAAAAAGCACUUUAUGAUUUUCUUUUUCUGCCAAAAUAAAAUUUAGGACCCCCUCAUGCCAAAAAUCCAAAAAAUAACAAAAUCGAGCAAUGUACUAAAAUUUUCAUUUACCGAGACCUUAAAAAGAAGUGUGUGAGGUCCCUGCAUGCCUAGACACCUGUAAGCGGCUCAUUCACUUCAGAACCCCUUGGACCAGAGUGUUAAUGGUAGGUCUAUACGAUCUUUCAAAAAAAAGGAAGGUCGUCGCGUGCGUUACAAUUUACAAACAAACUAACUUCAGAAGAGCUGAAAUUUACAGGAACAAGGCCUCUUUUAGCCAACCAAUGAUGCAUCAUUUAUGAAAAUGAAUGUAAUUUGUUUGAUGCAAUUAGGCGAAUACCCCGUGGUUACGAAAUCUUACGAUCAUGAAUUCCUCAAGAGCAAUUCAGUUACCAACUUUUCACAAAAUAAUGCUGUGGAAAAUUACAUAAAAUACCAAAAAAGCAAGGGUCAACAAUAAUUGUGGCCUGGUCCCUUAUAAUAAUGGAGUGGUCAUGAUAAAGAAGCCCAUCAGCCCCAACUUUGACCACUCAAACAGAUUUUUGACAGAUUACAUACUGCAAAACUUUGCAUUCACUUAUGCCUAUGUUGCCACACCAGGAGCCUAGAAAUCGGCUCCUGGUCACACCUUGUUUUUAUUGCUGAAUAUCAUUCUAAAGAGCUUUACGAAAUAUUUUGUUAGUAGGGGUGUUUUGAACAUGAUUCAUAUUUAGAGAUGGUGACAAAAACGAACACAGAAAAAGUCACAAAACGAGACGCAUGAAACAACCGCAAUAUUCGUUUUACACCGAUAUAAUGGCUUCUUUGGCUGCUAUGCUGACAUUCUUGAAGAUGGCCGGUAGUAUCACAGCUCGUCCCGGGUUAGGUAUACCGUUUAUUACCAUUUUCACGGUUCCUGAGACUUAGGGCCUGUUAACAUAAAGGUGGGAGACCCCAGGUAGGUGAGGUAACCUGCUUAGGUGGGGUAAAAAAAUAACCCUCCUUUACAUGCAAUCUUACAACCCCGCCAUCCUGGGGUGCAUCAGUUUCUCAAGAUUAUUGAAUGGUCGCUAAGCAUGUAAACAAGAAAAAUGCUGGCAAACCACGUCUACCGUCAAUUGCUGCUCUUGCAGCAACCUUCAGUGUUGUGGCUUUCUAUUGUUACCUUUAAUAAUUAUGUGAAGCCACCUAGAGCCAAAGUGAAUUUUGCGCGAAUUUGAUUUAUCACGAAUCCGACCCCGACUAGCCUGGGUUUCCUCACCUUGAAACGUUGACAUGGCAAAAUUUGACCUCAGCUGAGAGGGUUACCUGGUGUGGCACACCGGGCCACCCACCUUGAAGGGUGACUCCACCUAUCAUGUAGUGAUCAAAUUAAAAUGAGAGAUUAUAUGGACAAGCGGGUUACCCCACCUAAGUGGGUUACCAUUCCUACCUGGGGUCCCCCUCCUCCAUGUAAAGAGGCCCUAAAAGUUAGCCCGGCCCCCUUUCUACAGUUUCAGCAGUUAAACCAUUCACCAUUUAUCAUUUGAGUCAAUUUUGUACCACCUAAGUCUCACUUUUACGACUUGAUAAGCUGUUAUUACUUUUGGACAUGAGUGCUUCAGUGCCAAAUGUAGAGGCUUCAUGAUAAACUGUGCUGUUUUUUUGAAGCUUGGGCUAACUUGUUUCUUUUUUUCGUUUAUGAGAACAGAUCCUUUUUUGCUUGUUUUUGCUUUGUAAAGCUUAGACAAACUGCGGAAAUUGUAAAUGAUAUGACUUGUGCCACGGUGCUUGCUUCUCUGUCAAAACAUGCACUUGCGUCCAGCAGAUAACUGGAUAAAGAGAGACUGAAAGGCAUCCAUGAUGUUAAGCUGAAAAAUUAAUUACCUCUCUAGGAAAGAACUAUUUUGGGUUCUGUCAUUUCGUUAUUUGCUCUUCAUGAAUAGCUGUCAUAAAUCCCUGAUAAUAUGUGAUACAACAGACUCUUUGACAAUUUCUUUUUUCUGAAAUUUUGUGUGUGAAUCGCUAUGCCAUACGCUUUCUUCAGCUUAAAGUGACAUGUAAUGACAAGUAAUACUUGAUAAAUAAGGGUUAAGCCACACAAUAAGGCCUUCUCUAAUUGAAAUACAUUAGAAAAGGAGAAGAGACCCCAGAAGCUCAUUAUGAAGCAAAGACGAGGCCAUCUUAGAAGUGACUUAUGAAAAUGUAGGCGGACUGUGGACUUGCUUUAAGGGCACAGUAAUAAUCAACUUAAUUAUACAAUCAAUAAGCAAAAAUGGAUGGGAAUGCCAGAUGUUUGAGUGAAAUUGUUGUUUACAACCUGAGAAUAGAAUUCAGAGUGAUUUAAGGUAUUAAAUCAUAACAAUAACAAUUUUCAAUCAAAACACCACAGGGACCCCAGCAGGUGAAAUUUGCAAAAAUCAAAUCCUUUUUAGCACGCUUCAGUGGCAUAUUUGCAGUGGGCACCCCCUCUAAUAUUCAUGGUACUGCAAUAAGCUAUCGCUGUGCAAAGUUUGGUGCGUUUGUCAACUCUGUAACGAUCCUGACCCUAAGAGACCUGACUAUUUGUCGCUCUAUAACACGGACAGAGUACAACUAACUAGCUGAGAUGAACACUAAACGACAUUGAGUCCCUCACUUCGCCGCAGAGUUGAGGCUCGCGAUGUGUAGCAACAAUUGAAGAUUUGUCUUUCUUGCUUUUGACGUUAUUUACAAAUAUUCUUUCUUUCCUUCUCUCAUUGCUUUUUACUUGUUAUCAGAUGAUAUCUGGUUGUAGUAGAAUUAUUUAAUGCCUUGUCUUGUCUAAAAAUAGUAAGCGCGUGGUGGACAAUGAGAGGAGAAAAAAGGCGGGAGCCCGGCCUGUUGUUCUGUCUUUUGCAUUCUUAUCGUCCACUGCGCGCUUUCUUAUUUUCCUCUCCCCAGCCUCCUCAAGACACAAGGAGGCUUCUGCAGAUGAAAGAGCGGCAGUAGGGACUUAAAGUAGCGACGUUUUUGAGCGAUGAACGUUAACCGGAAGUUAACCUUUGUCUCUUUUUAUAUGCCUUGACGCUACCAAAUUUGUAUAGCUAGGUGUCUUCUCUCUUAAAGAGACGUUUUGCCCAAACAUUGUUCAUAAUCACGGCGCAACAGUGCAAAAAGUUUACUUCCGAUUGACGUGCGUCGCUCAAAAACGUAGCUGCUUUAAAAACUCGCUAGUCACAAUGGUGGCUGACUUAGUAUGAGUUGACUUACGGUACGGAAAAACGGGCAACAAAAAACGUGCAACUUGUUUUGCAACAUUGCUGCAAAACGAGUUGAAUAGCGAUAUUGUGCGUUUUACCGCCCAUGUUCAAACCGGUUAACAACCUGAUUUGUAGCAAGACAGGUUUUAUUUGGGUGGUAUAACGCACAACAUCAUUAUUCAAAUCGUUUUGCAGCAAUGUUGCAAAACAUGUUGACGUUUUUUGUUGCCCGUUUUUCCGUACCUUAAAGCUUAAGAGUAAGGUUACGUUAUGUCGUGUUCUCUUGUGGUUUACCAUUUUUCGCCACUAAGGUAGUAAAUGAAACUAGGCACCUUAAUUUUCUUCCUUGAAUGCUGAGAGAAUUCCAUGUACUCGGUUUUCCUUCACAAAAUAAGACGCAAAGCAAUAUCAAAGGGAAGGGAAAAAUCAUUUUAAAUAAGUGGAAUAAACCUCAACACUCCUUUAAAAAUUUGCACUUCAUUCUCGGUUCGUUUCCAGCUGAUACCAAUUGGGAUUAAAUGGGAAAAGGCAGUUUUCCGCUUAGAUUUGACGCGUAAAUUGUAAGCUAAUUCACAUGUGCUAAACAUUACUUCCUUUGACAGUGGCCCUUGGAUCCAUUGCUGAACUUCCAGCUGCAAGCUGCGAGGAAAUAAAGAUGAGUGAGGGACAGGUUUUGGCCAGUAAAAAAUACUGGAUGAUUUGUAUGAACCAGGAUAUGGCUGUACUUACUUACUGCAAUAUGACGACGGGAGGUGAGCUUAAUUGCUGGCGAGCCUUUGCGAGCCAACACGCUAAUCUCUACAAUAGCGGGAAAUGCCACAAUUUGUCGGACGUAAGAUUAGAAGCAUGCGCAAUCGAUUGUUUUUUUAUCAUCCGGGGUAUUCACACCUGUGCUAUGACGUCAGGUAAAACGUGCAUGUGGACGAGAUCGAGAGAUUCCGAGUAAAUGUCCAGGGUGCAAGCAGAUUAUAAACGAGGAGAAUGUUUUAUAAUUGCUUAUUAUAACGUUAUUUGCUUUUAAAAAAGCUUGUCCGACUCUAAUUACCAGAUGUCACUUUCAUCUGCUUCCCUUUAUAUAUUUUCAAACUGUAUUCCUCGUAUUUUCUCCCAUCUCUGACGCCAGCGUUAACUUUCAAAUUGAAACUCCUAGUUGUGUACUCGUUUUUCUUAUCACAGAUGUUUGAUCACAAAUUGCUUAAAAUGAUUAAUGAUUAAUUCUCGCAUUAAUGCCCCUUUAAUUAAGUAUGCCCAUUCGAAUAAGUGCGCUUACCUUUAACACCCCUCCCUAUCCUCCUUCCUGAAUUUACGGUUUCACGACAAAGUUGACUGACGAAAGCAAAGAAUAUUAGUGGGAAAACACGCGAUAUAUUACAGAUUUGUUUUUCACUGAUGAAUUGCUGGCACCCUAGUGUUAAAUUGACUUUGAGGAAAGAGGGAACGUUUCCGAUGUACAAUAGGAACUUUAUUACCAACAAUACUAUUUAGUCAUAUUACCGAUAACGCGGAAUCAGGGGGAUCUAAAUGUUCGUUGUCUUCCCGAUAAAAGUGAUAUACCCUGGAGUGUUCAUUCAACAGUUUAAGGUCCCCCUUCCCUGAUAAAGUAAUUGAAAGCCUUAAAUGUCUUUAACAUCUUUUGGUGGCCUUGCUACUAACGAGGAGGUUUCAUGUGAAGUGGAACUAGGAUUAACUGAGGGGGGAGCGUAAUUUUUCUGAGACGCGAAACUUGCACGAGUUCUUGUUGUAAGCAGUUUACCAAACUGGCUUUUUCAGUAUGUAUUGGUUUGUUUUAAUUUUCAGUGCCUCUUAUCAAUUUUACAACAAAAGGAUACACGGGACGAUACUAUUAUUCAAAGAUUCAUAAUUCCGAAGACCGGUGUUUAUCUGAUAAAAGCCUGGGGUGCUCGAGAAGGAACCCACUCGACUAACUAUGGAGAUUAUCCCGGAACUUACUAUGGUGGAAGAGGAGCGAUGAACUUCAAGGAACGUUUGGCUUGAAUGUAGAAACUGUUCUGAAUAUUGUGGUGGGUCAGAGAGGAGGAGACUCAGUGGAAGUGAAAGAAGGACAGUCUACUAACUUGACGGCAGCGCAACUGGAACUGUCUGUAGAGGGCAAUGCUGGUACUUGGGGAGGGGGAGGGAGCUUCGUUUAUACAACAAAUAACGAGCUUUUGUUAGCUGCCGGAGGGGGAGGGGGUGCGUCUAAUGGGUAUAACGGGGUGGAUGGUCAGGCGGGUACCAUUGGCACCAGUAGUGUAGGGAGAGAUUCAAAUGCGAUUGAUGGCGGAGGGACUGGGGACAACCUGGUCAAUGUAACAAUAAUCCCGAGACGGCUGACUACCAUGGGGGAGUGGGUGCAGGUUGCUUGGGGGAAGGGUGCGCCAGAGUCGACCCAGAACAUGGUGAACGGGUUGGAUCACGUGCUCAGGAUUGGGUGGGGGAACGUGCUGGAGGAAUGAAUAGUGGCUAUAACGGUGGGCCACCCCCUGGGGCAGUGGGAGGAUUUGGCGGUGGGGGAGGAGGUUCCGAGGAUAAUGGUGCAUCAGCAGGGGGUGCUGGAUAUUCUGGGGGAGGAAGUGGUUUAUGGAAUUCUCAAGCCGGUGGGGGAGGGGGCUCGUGCUGUAGUGGCUCAACCCGUUUAGGUAUCACUGGAGGUAAUAUGAAUGAUCACGGAAUUGUGGAAAUAUUUGAGUUGUGAAAUAUUGAUAACAUUAAGUUCUUGGCUUUGCUGAUGUUUCACAUGAUACAUCUAGUUAGAUUUUUAAAAAUUUCACUGAUCUUAGAUAGCAGUUGUAACAACUAACAUAAAAUUUGCCUGAAUUUUCAAUAGCCUGACAAAACAGCCGACAACUCGUUUCCACCGCUGGUUCCCCCGCAAAAUGACGUCUGCGAAAAAACUAGUGCAGAAAUUCCAUACUGAUGAUUCUUCAUUACCCAGAUUUGGGUCGUGGUUUUGAUUUGUUGAAGCACAUUUUCAAACGAUCAAAAGCCCUACCCAAAUCUGGCUAGUGAUACGUCAUCAGUGUGGAAUUUCUGCCCUCGUUUUUCAGCCGUCAUUUCGCGGGAAGUCGCUAAAUGUCGGCUGUUUUCUCAGACUAGAUUUUCAAACGUGCAUAUAAUUAAGUCUUUCUUUCUUGUAGACCAUACUAGCUACGUUUUGAACUAAGUAUGACGAAAAAAUGGAUUUGCUUCAAAUUUGCUCAGCGCAAAUAUGAUGCAAAUUUGUGCAAACUGGGGAAUAAAUCUGAGCAAAGGUGGUAAAUGCCGAAUUUGCAUAUCUAUUUACACCCGCGUGUAAAAGGUAUGCAAAAUCGGCAUUUACCACCAUUGCUCAGAUUUAUUCCCCAGUUUGCACAAAUUUGCAUCAUAUUUGCGCUGAGCAAAUUUGAAGCAAAUCCAUUUUUUCGUCCAGUGAGCCAUUACGUCCUCCCCUCUUCCCCCGCUCUUUCAUGAUCCUUGUUUCUUUCUCUCCUCUUUUAUCCUUAAAUAUUUGGCCUUUGAAGUGUCUGUAUGCUUUUUGGACCGAUAAGAACUGUAGUUUUGGCUUUCUUCUGGUUAAAUAAAUCGCAGUUUUUUGUUUUCAAAACCAUCUAGAUAUAUACCGUAUAAGACCUGUAACCCGGUGACAUUCGUUUUAAAAUAGUGCUUCACUAUUCUAGGCGCACCUGAAAUGGUAAUAAGUACAAAUUUAGUUGCGUUAGGGAAACAACCGGGAAACAACUUAGUUUUUAAGGUUGCUUGAAGAAUCGACCUAAAAAAGGCAAAUUCAUUAGUCGUGUAAGAAACUCUUCCCGUCAAUUACAUUCCCUAAGAGCGAUCUAUUGAUCGGUUUCACUGUUCAGUAGUUAGCCUUGCGCAGCUGGCAAAUCUCUCUAGAGAAUCCAUGAUUCGCUUCAAAAUCAUGUUAAAUAAGUGUCAACUAACAAAAUCAGACUAAAUAACUAAGGUACAGGUAAUCUUGUACAAUUUACCAAUAAAUAUACAAGAUAGGUGUCCAUUUAACACUCUUCAAACUAGUUUAGUUUUAUCUGUAAUACUGAGGGAUGUAAAACAUGUAACACUAUGGUGCGCAAUGAAUAUGUGGCGAAUAUUUAUAAAUCUACUGCAGUGUUUAGAAUUCUCAAUAAAGCGUAUAUAUUUACUGAUAAUUUAUGUUGCAUGGUAUUGUCUGUGAAUCAGCACUUAUUGGGACGUAGUAAUUUUAACAUCAAGGCUCGAUAUUUAAAGAAAUUGAAUAUAUGGGUAACCUGUUGCAGAGUGUGAAGCAAAAUCCAGUUUUAUGGAUUUGGAACUUGCUAUCUUAUGACAAUUUUUUGGUUUAUGCCAUGACUUUUUUUAGAGAAACCCAUGUCCAGGGUUCUCGUUUUCAUUUAAAAAAUGUUAAUAAAUCAUUUUCCAGUCGACUCUCUCUUAACGGACACCAUGCUUUAUGGACGGGGGGGAGUGAGGGGUAGUCCUCGAUUAUAUAAGGCAGCCUUGCAAAGGGCAGGGUUUUUUGUGCCAUUUUGGUCAGUAAACGGGUGUAAAUUUCCCCCAUUGUGAUCUGAAACAGAGAAUGGUUCGCAAGACAAUCACAAAGAGUAUGUUAAAACACUUUUGCCUAAAACUUAAAAUGUUCAGAAAUUCCAUACCGGUGAGGUGUCACCAACCAGUUCUGGGUAAUGUUUAUGAUUAGUUGAAGCAAAUUUCCCCGCGGGGCAUGACCAAUCAGAAGUACUGCCCAGAUCUGGAUAGUGAUACGUCUUCUGCAUGGCGGGAAUUUCUGCGGUCUUUCAUACCCACAAUCGGUGACAAAAUUGUUGAGACAUUGCACUUAAAUAGGGUGACUUCGGAGAACAAAAGAAUCCUCCCCUGUCCCCUCCAUUCAAAGGUGGGUUGUUUGUUGUCUUCUAUAGGUAGCUAGAACAAGGGCCCAACAUUAUACGGAGGGGAUGGGGGAGGAAAGCUAUAUUUCCUCCUUUUGAAGUUCAUAAAACGUAAAAAAGCCUACUUUUGGGCGAAGUGUCUCAACUCAUUUUGUCGCCGAUUGUAGUCUCAUUCUCGUCCCCAGAGCCUCCUGGGGGCCUGAGCAUAAGGACAGGGAGGCUCUGGGGACACAGGAUUUGAAGUCCUAGAUUUUAGUACUUCCAAUCAUUUUUGAUUAUCUACAACAUUUCUGAUAACGUUCACUUGCUCUUGCCGAAGUGUCAAUGACUGUUAAUUUAUGUGAUUCAAAGCUUUCAAAAGAGAAUCCCCCAACUUAAUUUUGAAUCGGAAAUGACCGCAAGUCCUAAAAUCUAGGACUUCAAAUCCUGUGAAUCCUGUGUCCCCAGAGCCUACUGGUCCUCGUGCUCAGGCCCUCAGGAGGCUCUCGGGACGACAAUGCCUAGUCCCAGUUCGGUGUCUUCCCAGGCCUUCUCGGUCAGUGCAUUUCGGUGACAUAUCGGAGACGAACGUGACCCGAAACGCAUAAGUCGAGGGGAAUAAUGAUGUGUAGGGACUAGGCAACGCUCGUUCCGUUCCGUCAUUUCGCGGGGAAACCGUACGGGUGAUGGUGUCGCAAAAUGUUGGCCAUUUUCUCAGAAGUUCAUUUGCGUGAGCUUGAGAAUCUCAGGCUAUACGCAAAUGAGUUAUAGCUAGCCAGUCAGUGUAGCGAACGAUGUUUUCACUCGCGAGGCAAAAAACAAAAUGCUACUUCAAUGCCUAAAAGUACAGUCCUAAUGUCUAUGGACGUUACUAGUCUCUACACCAACAUACCACACGAAGAGGGUGUAGCCACCGUAUGUCACGCAUACGAAGAUUUUUAUGGAGACAAAGCCCCUAUACCCACCAAGUACCUUAGAGAAAUGCUCUACCUUAUAUUAACAGAAAACUCGUUUCAAUUUUGCGGUAGCAACUACCUACAGCACCCAUGGAACAGCUAUGGGAACAAAGAUGGCGGUUGCUUUUGCAAACAUCUUCAUGGCCAGAAUAGAAAAACAAAUAUUGAGUCAGAGUUGCAUCAAACCGCUUUUUUGGAAAAGGUAUAUUGCGAUGUGUUUUCGCUAUGGAACACAAGUCUAGACAAAAUAGAAAGUUUUGUGAAAAAGGCAAAUAACUUUCACUCUACGAUAAAAUUCACGGCUGAGAUGUCAGAAACAGAGAUCACGUUCUUGGACACAAAAGUGUACAAAGGAGUAAGAUUCGAUGAGGAAUCAAUCCUAGACGUGCAAACACAUUUACAAACCAACAGAAACAUUCCAGUACGCGAACUUCUACUCAUGUCACCCACCAGGCAUGAAAAAAGGCUUCAUCAAAGGAGAAGCGCUCAGGCUUCUAAGGACUAAUUCCUCGCAGAUCACAUUUGAGAGGAAUAUCAGAAAUUUUCACAACCGCCUGUUAGAAAGAGGCUACCCUGCCGCUUUUUUAAAAUAGUACCUCUCUAAGGUAAAAUUUGCUGACAGGAAAACAGUCCUACAACAGAGAAACAAAUCCGCACGCAAAAAACUUCUACCUUUUGUUACACAAUACCACCCGGCUUUACCUAGCCUGAAGAAAAUACUUAUGGGUAAGUGGCACCUUAUACAAAACCAGCAACGACUAAGAGAAAUCUUUAAGGAGCCUCCCCUCAUAUCUUAUCGCAAGGGAAAAUCUCUCAAAGACCUACUAGUUAGAGCGAAGCUCUGAAGGUCAUACUGCUUCGAAUACAACUUAGUGCAGGAGUCGUGUGAUGCCCGUCGCUUAUUUUUAACCAUCAAAAAUGACGUUUUUUCCAUGUGAGUUAAACUAUACGUUUAGUCAAACCUCUGGAGCCCAGCGGUGUGUGCCGAGUCUCGCUCCAAGUUGCCCGCCUUUUAUAACACGGGUCAGCAGUCCGAAAACUUGAAUAGAAUAACUUCGUAACUUAUAUUUCAUUGUCACCGAAGAAAGCACAAAAAUAGAAAGGGAAAAAGCAAGUAAGCUUAAGUUGCACUUUUAGUUAGAGCUGAGUUUGAGAUUCUUCACACUGGCCAUUUCACUCACAUUUUUGUCGUUUUCAUCGGAGUGCUUCAGGGAUCAUGAAAAGACUGUUGAGUGCUUGUUCCUACCCCCCGGGUUUUAGAGCUAUUUUUUUAGAAACAAGGUAAAAGAUGAUUUCUUUAAUGCAUGACCAGAAUUAAAAUACCCCAUAUUCUCUGGUGCUCUCUGUAAGCACAUGUGCCCCACAAUGGCUUGUCUGGUCAUUUUGUUACUGUGCUGUUCCUGUGUGCAAUCAUACGGAGGAAAAUCAUACAAGUCAAUUUUUUUCGUUGUUUCAUACCGUAUUUGCAGGAACACGGUUGUGUUGAGAUCCAGAAAUUUUGCUACCAUGGCAACGUGACACAACGGCUUCUCCUCUCUGUCGACUUUCAGUUGAAUCUAAUAACCAUUGCUUGGCUAUUUUAGAUACAAAUGCACUCGCGGCUGGUUAAUUUGUCAAAUAUUCUUACAAACAGAAAAUGUUUACCAUGAUCUUGGGUAAUAGGCUAAAUACUUGCCCAGAACGUUAAUCUAACUUCAAAGAAACGCUCAGUACCCUUUUGGAAAUCUUAACAAGAUUCUGAUCUAUUAUUUCAUGUGUUGCGUAAUGUUUUGUUUCCUCUUUUUUUUUUUCGUUUUUUCCUACCAUAUUUGCAGGAACACGGUUGUGUUGAGAUCCAGAAAUUUUGCUACCAUGGCAACAUGACACAACCGCUUAUAGUAGUAUAGGAGGGAUGAAAUUAUCCCCUUUUUUGGGGGAGGAUUCUCAUUAAGGUGGGGAGGAACACAUUAACACCGAUGACGUCAUAGGCUAUUGUCCUCAUCUCAUGAAUAAAAUGUGGUGGAUUUAAUUAAGUAUACUGGUUUGACCGGUUUGUCAGGGUCUAUUUUUAGCCUGGUUGAUAUAACUGGUUUAUUUUUGUUUUAUGACAUAACCUAUUGUCUUGAUCUCAUGAAUAAAAUGUGGUGGAUUUAAUUAAGUAUGCUGGUUUGACCGGUUUGUCAGGUUCUAUUUUUAGCCUGGUUGAUAUAACUGGUUUAUUUUUGUUUUAUGACAUAACCUUUUGUCUUGUACUCAUGAAUACAUUCUUUUCUCCCGUCUCUGUCAAAAAAGAUUGUUGAGAUCCAGAAAGUUUGCUACCAUGAUAACGUGACGUCACACUUCUCUCUAGUUAACGUAACACUGAAAUAAAUCAAGGUGAAGCUUCUGCUAUGUCAACUGACACUUAAGCGCGGUUUUAAGUUUAGUGUUGUAAAACCGAAAACAACGUUUUAUCUAUUUCUAAAAAAUCUAAAACUUAAAGAAAAAACAUUUAAAAAAUACAAACUAAAUACAAACAGUCAAAAACAUGAAAAUUUGCAAGCAGUGAAAAUAUGGCUUCACAAUUAUGAGAUAAUUUUUAAGGUUUUUUGCCAGAUUGAAUAUAAAUACUGACGUACUUUGAUUGAUACCAUUUUUGGAAAUGAAAGGCUUAAAGCAAUGUAAAUGAUUAUUAUAAUCAAUCUCUUGAAAAGAUGAGUAAAGGUAAAAUACUUUGUAUAGACCGGGAAUAAAAUGAAGGGGAAUAAAUUAGUAUCUAUGUCGUAAUAACCUAUUGUCUUGAACUCAUGAAUAAAUUGCCGUGGAAUAAAUUAACGUCGCUGACGUCAUAGGCUAUUGUAUUGAUCUCAUGAAUAAAAUGCGGAGGAUUCUCAUUAACUGAUCAUUAUCCAGAAAAACCAGUUCCAAAAACAGGUUUUUUCGCAAUACCAUUUUGAACUCGCCUAGACUUGCCCCAUUGUUUUCACAAAACCUUCGACACUGAUUGGUUAAUGAAGAAUCUAUUCUAUCUUUCAAAUAAAAGCGGGCUCUCCCUUCAGCAUUUUAUUAUUGUCACAAACUCCAGUAACUAAUAUUUUUGAGCGGAUAGCUUCCAAACAUACUAGUCAACGGUCAGAAAACAGUACUCGACUUAAAACUAUUCACUGUGACCAAAGAUAAAUAUUUUUAUUCUACAAAACCAUUGAUUCUGUUUUGUCAAUAUAAUUCAACCUUCAAACGUUUCUAGACUGUGGUAUCGAAACAAAACGAACGCAAGCGAACUGUAUUUUAUUAUUCAUCGCAAACUAAUUUAAUAUACACUGAGCCAACAUGAACGCUUGUCGCAUAAAUUAUCCACGGGAAUCAACUCAAUUAUAUAUAAACAAUGGUGGGAUUAAUACGCGCGUGCUACAACCAGACUACACCUUUGUUUCGGUUAAAAAAUACAUUUAUUGAUAACAAAACCAUCAAAGUGUUACAACAAUAGAUUAAUAGACAGAGUUCCGGCUUAGUCUUCGGGAACAGUUUGUUUGACAAACAGUCGAUUGAGUAAGAAUUUCCGCUUAUCGAUGGCAAGUUCUGUCGAUUCCAGCCAGUCAUAUCCUUCUGUGUCUUUGAGAUCUUGGCGGCUUUCCAUCACUUUUCGGAAUGUCGGAUCUUUCUUCCUUGCAUGCAUGCACUGUAAAAACUCUAAGAACACUUUUCUCAAUUCCUUUCUAUAUACUGGAAGCAAAGCAUUUUCAGCUUUAAUGCGGGCCACUUCAGGCGACUCUCCGUUUUGUUCAUACUCGUUGAUCAGAGCUUCGAGCUGGGCUUCGUGGCGAUUACAAACUUCAUUUUGAAUGCGUGACCAAGGAUCUACAUGCUCCUCCUCCUCCUCUCCGGAAGAGUCCAUUUCUUCGCUAGAUUGAGAUCUUUGAGAUGAUUGUUCGCUUUCUUGUGAGCUUUCAAUAUCGUCGUCAUCAUCUUCAAAAUUUCCAUAUCCUUUUUGAACGAAAUGAUUAUAAUUGCUGAACAUUGUGAUCCGAACUGCACGAGGUUUAAGAACUGACUGAAUCAGAAACAGCGGCUUACUUCUUUUAUAGCUAUCGAUGGAGGCACGGCUGCAAAGCACAACGGAACUCUAUGAACUUUCAUUGUACCCCUCCUGUACCCCUCCUGUGCCCUUCCUGUACCCCUACUGUAUCCAUCCUGUACCCUUCCUGUACCCCUACUGUACCCCUCCUGCACCCCUACUGUACCCCUCCUGUACCCCUACUGUACCCUUCCUGUACCCCUACUGUACCCUUCCUGUACCCCUACUGUACCCCUCCUGUACCCCUCCUGUACCCUUUCUGUACCCCUACUGUACCCUUCCUGUACCCCUACUGUACCCUUCCUGUACCCCUCCUGUACCCCUACUGUACCCUUCCUGUACCCCUACUGUACCCUUCCUGUACCCUUCCUGUACCCCUCCUGUACCCCUGAAUUCUCUUAAGUACUCCCCACCAUUGUAAAAUAACUAUAUAUUAAAUGAUUCUGUUAACUGUGAGUCAUUUUUCAUAAGCAGUCAUGCCUCGAACGUUUCCUCGAAUUUGUCCACUAUGUGGCAAACCUGGUGUGUCCAACUUGAGUUCUCAUCUUGAAAUUGUCCAUGACUUAACCGGGCUAAGACGAACACGACUCUUAAAAGAAGCUAAGGUUUCUUGGGAAUCAAAAAGAGAAUAUAUUUCUACAAGCGUCGACUUACCUCGUUGUUCAUCUAGUUCCACGAGAAAAAUAUGUGAACCAAGAAAAAAAAGAAGACCAGUGAAUGAAACGCCGAAAACUUCUUCUACUGCGAAGAAGGUAAAGCUUUCCCGUGAUGUUUCCUUGGCAACCGAGCCUUAUCCAGAUUUUAUGUUUCGCCAUAAGUUCUCACUCUUUGUGGUUGGACCAAGUCAAUCAGGGAAAACAGUUUUCGUAGAACAGAUGCUAACGAGAGAUCGUAUUGUCUACGAAACCAACAAGCCCCGUCGCAUUUUAUGGUAUUACAGUCAGUGGCAAGAUAGAUACGAAGCUUUGAAAUCGGCGAUCGGAAAGGACAUUAAAUUUUUUCGUGGCCUUCCCACAUUUCAAGAGGAUCUGCGAGAAAUUGACCCAAAAUACAACAACGUUACAAUCUUUGAUGAUCUAAUGGCAGAAGCGAUCGAGAGCCCCAUCGUUUCUCGGUUGUUUACCCAAGGUCGCCAUAGAAAUGCCAGCGUCAUACUGCUCCUUCAGAAUAUUUUCCCCAAGGGAAAAUUUAACACCGAUAUCAGUCGGAAUGCACAGUACAUGGCUCUUUUCCGAAGUCCUAGCGAUCGGAAACAAAUCGGAAUUGUUGCUGAGCGUAUGUUUGAUAAGAACCGCCAACGAUUCAUGACAGCUUAUUAUCAUGAAACAGAGAAGCCUUACGGUUACAUCUUUGUAGAUAAUAAACCGGACACGGCGGCAAAUAAGCAAGUAUUGAGUGACAUUUUCGGCUCUUGUCGUCGAUAUCCGACUAUUAACAAAACAUUGCCUGCGAAGCUAGAUCAGCAGUAAAAUCGCCUCCUGUAGUCAAAUCUUCCCCGCCAAUUGUAAAAAGGUCACGGCCAUUUCCUUUUGAUGCAGUCUGGUCUGAAGCAGCCUAUCCCGUUGUACAAAAUUAUAUGCAAGGAGCGCCCCGAUGCCAAACCCUACCAAAAGACUUUGGGAUCACGGAAAUGUACCGCAUUGCCAGACAUCUUUAUGAUCCGUAUCUUCCAUCGUACUCGUAUGGAAAUUACUGGCCUGUGAAAAUAAGACACUAUUGCGAUGGAAAAUCGAAAUGGAUUUAUUUACACAAGGACGAUCCCAGCGUAAGAUCUUUCCUAGAAAAGAACCAAACGAAUGCUCGAUAGACCAAUAACAAAUUAAUUAAACGGUUGUCGAUGCACUUUGCAGUGGAGUAUUUUAUUUUUCAAUAGACCUAACAAUUGUGUAUGAAACGGUACCUAAUCUUUUUGUUAGAGGACUUAAGGUGACUCGACCCAGUUUUUUGGGGGGUACCAUCCUACUUUGAAGCUCUCUGGUAUCCCCACCUUUACUUUUAUCGUAAGUCUAACACAUAGAAUGGAUAACAUAUAGAUCAAUCCACAAUAUAACGUAAAAUUUUUGGCGAUCGGAGUAAAUGUCACGUGGUUAUAAUGCCACGCCCCUUUGAGGUCUGAGUCGAAAAUCUGCUGUUGCCGGCAUUUUUUUGUGAAAAUCUCUCGGCUACACAUAGUGCGCAUUAGUGCCUUGCGCUGAAAAGAGUUUCACCAAAAUAGCAAAGACCCAAUUCGAGAAAUUCAGCGGUUUCCAAAUUUAGGUCAUAAUUUAUGCGAAAAUGAUAAGCAAACUUUACACGAUUAUAUCUAAUAAACUAUGAGACCGAUCACUUUAUUUUGGGGAUCGUUAUAACAGAUGGGUCCUUGCAAGUCAGCAAAAAGCUUUAGAGCCUUGUAAAUGCGCUCGAUUUUGAGCAAAGCAAACAUAUAGAAAUUAUAGUUUUCGCAAUUUGUUGACGUUUAUCAGCGUUUAAGAGUCCUUCUCACGAAAAAAGCAUUUUCUUAAAAAAUCGUAAUUUUUUUUCCUUCAAAUUUUUUCAGGGCCACAAUUGAUUAACUAACUACCCGGACUGUGAAUUUCUUGGUCAUUGAAAAACUGUGACAUUAUUUUCUAUAAGCCCAAACUUGAGUAAACAUUGAAGAUUUUAAGCGUUUUGGCUGAGUUUGUGCCUUGGGAGUUGUCUAUUGUUUCUAGUCUGUCAUGAUACAGCAUUCUUGUUCAGCGCGCGUGCAAUGACCACGCUUGGCUGACUUGCGAAUGCUCACCGAGAUAUGAUAAUUUAGUAUGAGAAAAUAGAAGGGAUUCCCGUCACGAGUUAUUUUAAUUAUUGGCUUGCAUUAAACCUAUGAAAAAAUGAUAUUUUUUUAAUAGUAAGUAGAUUUAGUGUGUAGCACUUCUUGAUUUUUUUUGCAAAGGCACAAGAAGCACGAGAAUUGAUUGAGAAUUGUGAGUUAAACCUCUAUGUAUCACACGAUGGCCUGUCUCACUGUACCACAAUUAUCAUAUCUCGGUGAGCAUUUGCAAGUCAGCCAAGCGCGGUCAUUGCACGCGUGCUGAACAAGAAUGCUGUAUCAUGACAGACUAGAAACAAUAGACAACUCCCAAAACGCUAAAAAUCUUCAAUGUUUACUCAAGUUUGGGCUUAUAGAAGAUAAUGUCACAGUUUUUCAAUGACCAUGAAAUUCACAGUCCCGGUAGUUAGUUAAUCAAUUGUGGCCCUGAAAAAAUUUGAAGGAAAAAAAACUACGAUUUUUUAAGAAAAUGCUUUUUUCGUGAGAAGGACUCUUCAACGCUGACAAACGUCAAUAAAUAGCAAAAACUAUAAUUUCUAUAUGUUUACUUUGCUCGAAAUCGCGCGCAUUUACAAGGCUCUAAAGCUUUUUGCUGACUUGCAAGGACCCAUCUGUUAUAACGAUCCCCAAAAUAAAGUGAUCGGUCUCAUAGUUUAUUAGAUAUAAUCGUGUAAAGUUUGCUUAUCAUUUUCGCAUAAAUUAUGACCUAAAUUUGGAAACCGCUGAAUUUCUCGAAUUGGGUCUUUGCUAUUUUGGUGAAACUCUUUUCAGCGCAAGGCACUAAUGCGCACUAUGUGUAGCCGAGAGAUUUUCACAAAAAAAUGCCGGCAACAGCAGAUUUUCGACUCAGACCUCAAAGGGGCGUGGCAUUAUAACCACGUGACAUUUACUCCGAUCGCCAAAAAUUUUAUGUUAUAUUGUGGAUUAAUCUAUAUGUUAUCCAUUCUAUGUGUUAGACUUACGAUAAAAGUAAAGGUGGGGAUACCAGAGAGCUUCAAAGAAGGAUGGUACCCCCCCAAAAAAACUGGGUCGAGUCACCUUAAGCAUGAUUGUUUAAUUUGCGAGAGCACAAAAGAGGCAUGAGUCAGAUGCAAAUUACUACUGGUUAACAAAGCGUGUAACAAGACAUCAAGAUAAAGUAAUUUUAUAGAGAGAGCACUGUUUGCAAUAGAUUGAAAUAAAGAGUUUGAGCUCCAUUUUUUGCGUCUGAGUUUUGUUUAUAACCGAAUUUUUAGUUAGGCAAGCGAACUUGUUUCCUUAGCAAAGCGAUUGCAAGAGUAAUAUGCUGAACGGAGAGCGCACUUUUAUUUGGAAGAUAGAAUAGAUUCUACAAUCACCGCACUAUGAAUAAAGACAAAAGACUCUUGCGUCAUCGACGCUAAUUUAUUCCACCGCAUUUUAUUCAUGAGUUCAAGACAAUAGGUUAUUACGACAUAGAUACUAAUUUAUUCCCCUUCAUUUUAUUCAUGAGUACAAGACAAUAGAGUAUUACGACAUAGAAGCUAAUUUAUUCCACCGCAUUUUAUUCAUGAGUUCAAGACAAUAGGUUAUGUCAUAAAACAAAAAUAAACCAGUUAUAUCAACCAGCAUAAAAAUAGAACCUGACAAACCGGUCAAACCAGUAUACUUAAUUAAAUCCACCACAUUUUAUUCAUGAUAUGAAGACAAUAGCCUAUGACGUCAUCGGCGUUAAUGUAUUCCUCCCCACCUUAAUGAGAAUCCUCCCCAAAAAAACGGCCUAACCGGUGUACCCUCUACUACUGCAUAUCCUCUCUGUCGACUUUCAGUUGAAUUUAAUAAUCAUUGCUUGGCGAUUUUAGAUGCAAAUGCAUUCGCAGCUGGUUAAUUUGUCAGGUAUUCUUACAAACAGAAAAUGUUUACUAUGAUCUUGGGUAAUAGCUAAAGUACUUGCCCAGAACGUUUAAUCUAACUUCAAAGAAACGCUCAGUCAUCUUUGGAAAUCGUAACAAAAGGUCUACUUGGGAGUUAGGGGUGGGAGGAAGGCACAUGAAAUGUCCGAAUUCGCCUUAUGAAAAUACGAAACACAAUUUAGUAAACAUGAAAACUUGAUCGACGGGCCACCUGUAUCUUCCAUGCACUCGAUUAGCCUCACGACGUUUUUUGUUUGUUUUUGUUUGAAUGAAUUGUCCGAAUUUUCGUGAGCUUCUUAAAUUAGUAGGAAACAGUGUUUUUAAGGAUCUGCUCGAUCGAUAGCAAAAUAUCCGAGUUACAGAAAGAGAAACCUCUAAAGAUUCUGAUCUAUUAUUUCAUACAUAAUUUUUCUUUAUAGCAAAAGUUAAUAUCCGGUUUUUCAUUAGCUAUAUCUUAUAAAAUAAGGCCUCCCUUCUUUUCAGCUGUCUGUAGUUUUGCCAAAAUCUUUAACUGAACUGAAAUCUAUUGACUUUCAGUUUAAUACUCGUUUGCUGGGUCAGUUUACAUUGCAUUAUGCUCGCUGUUGGUAAAAAUUUCCUUACAAACAGAAAACGGUUACCACGAUCUCGUUGAGUAAUAGCUAUAGGGAACAUUGGACUAAUGAAUUUUUAAUAAUAUCUUGUCAAAACGAGUAUUCGGGGUAGGGGCUAAAAAUGUCGAAAGCUUGCCUCUAUUACUUCUUUCCCAAAUUUACCCGUAUGAAAAUAGGCAACAAAAUUCAACAAAUAUAAAAAAUUGAAUGAGAUAAAAAAAAAAAAUAGAUAUAUUUGCUCUAGUUAAUUCUAGUUAAUACAUUUCAAACUAACCAAAAUAAAAUUCGUUGGUGUGCGCUUGAAGCACAGAGGGUAAGACUGAUGUCUCUUCGUCUCUCGUUAAACGAGAAAAUAGUCGACAGGAGUAAAAGCGACACAGUGAACAUGUUUUAUAAACAUAAACACUAUGCUUCUGCAUAUGUGCAUACAGUUUUUCCUUCAGUUCUUUCCUGCUUUUCCCUCCAAAUCAGCAAAGGUAGUCGAUGGAUGAAAUGAAAUUGAACGCUUGUGCUGAGAUCAAUAACAAACAAAACUAUUUGCCUUCUUAUUUUUUAUUGAAUUUGGUACUGGAAAUAACAUGAGCGAAGAAUAAUUCCUUACGAAAAAUAGUAAACAAAUUUAAAGAUAAAAGUAAAAGGACUUAUUCGGAUUAUUUGUUUCAUUUGUUAUAACUUUUCUCCAGCUGGAGCGAUUCCGCUCACUUAAACAUGGAACACCCACGCAUCAUCUUUCUAAAAAGUGUUUUCGGAUAGUCAAAUUUAAGGAAAGGAAAGAAGUCCAUUCGAUUACAAAAAACUACCGCACAGUCAACUUACGUAUGAUGGAAAACUUAAGCGAAGCGGGUUCAGUUCUUUUCCGAAACAUAAAACGAUUUUUAAUAGGGCCGGAAUAACAUCAUCCAGGUACGUUUUGGAAGUAUAUAAAUCAGUUGUCGAAUUGGAGGCAAAAUCUUGUUUCUCUUGAUAAGAUAUUUUCAAACUAGCAAAGAAUGACCAGUCACUUGUUUUUCUUAAGUGAGGCGUUACAACCAGUCUAAGCGGCCUCAUAUUCGUUAAUAAAAGAAAAAUACAUGAAAAUAAAUUUAUAUGCUAGUUACUACUGGUAUCACAUUUAAAUUUGCAUUUCUGCAUGACAUUGUGUAAUACGGAGUGAAUUCAUUUUUAUUUAGAACCCCGAGGCCUUGAUGUAUAUAUUGACCUUGCUAGCGCUAUCGCUCGGUUAAUACAUCUUCUUUAGUUCUUCAGACUAAAAAAAAUCUUUUAGGCUUUUGUGGAUAAAAUUUCUAUUAUAAGACACCAGAAUUUUCCUAUCUACGUGGUGUGUACUGCUCGUUACACCUGCGGGAAUACUGAAAUGGAUCCGAUAUCGAAACGAUUCAAUUUCGAAGGAUAAUUCAUUCAUGAUAGAAUGGGCGUGCGCCUUGUUUUACGUUAACUGAUACGAAAAACAGGCAAAAUUGACAUUUCAAGCAAUUGCGUUUUCUGCCCUUCUUUAUAAAAUAAAUAACACUACUGCAUGAUCAGAGCUGAAAUACUCCAUUCUCUGUUACUCCCUGUAAGCACAUGCGCCCCACAAUGGCUUGUCUGGUCAUUUUGUUGAUGUGUUGUUUCUCCGUCCUGUUUUGUUACCGCUUUUUUUUUCGUUUUUUUUUCUACCAUAUUUGCAGGAACACGGUUGUGUUGAGAUCCAGAAAUUUUGCUACCAUGGCAACGUGACACAACGGCUUGUCCUCUCUGUUGACUUUCAGUUGAAUUUAAUAAUCAUUGCUUGGUGAUUUUAGAUGCAAAUGCAUUCGCAGCUGGUUAAUUUGUCAGGUAUUCUUACAAACAGAAAAUGUUUACUAUGAUCUUGGGUAAUAGCUAAAGUACUUGCCCAGAACGUUUAAUCUAACUUCAAAGAAACGCUCAGUACUCUUUGGAAAUCGUAACAAAAGGUCUACUUGGGAGUUACGGGUGGGAGGAGGGGACAUGAAAUGUCCGAAUUCGCCUUAUGAAAAUACGAAACACAAUUUAGUAAACAUGAAAACUUGAUCGACGGGCCACCUGUAUCUUCCAUGCACUCGAUUAGCCUCACGAAGUUUUUUGUAGCUUUUGUUUGAAUCAAUUGUCUGAAUUUUCGUAAGCUUCUUAAAUUAGUAGGAAACAGUGUUUUUAAGGAUCUGAUCGAUCGAUAGCAAAAUAUCCGAGUUACAGAAAGAGAAACCUCUAAAGAUUCUGAUCUAUUAUUUCAUACAUAAUAAUCUUUAUAGCAAAAGUUAAUAUCCGGUUUUUCAUUAGCUAUAUCUUAUAAAAUAAGGCCUCCCUUCUUUUCAGCUGUCUGUAGUUUUGCCAAAAUGUUUAAUUGAACUGAAGUCUAUUGAGUUUCAGUUUAAUACUCGUUUACUGCGUGAGUUUACAUGGCAUUAUACUCUCUGUUGGUAAAAAUUUUCUCUCAAACAGAAAACGGUUACCAUGGACAGACACCUCAGUUACGAACUUUAAUUACAUCAUUAAAUUUUACCUAUAUAGUAAAUGAGGGCUAAACUAAGCAAAUGUAAAUUUACAUGGCAGCAUCCUUCUUUUCUAUGCUACUUCUACGCUGGCUGGUAACUUAAUUUAAAAUGCUUGUUUGUAAUAGUCGUUGGGUAAUUAACAUUUCGCAAUUUUUAGCAGUUAACUUUUUCAGUAAGAUGCGAAGAUCAUGAAAGCCUUUUAUCAGAAUGCCCUGUUCAACGUCGCAGUGCUGCGGUGGCGAAAAGCUGCAUUUCUUUUCAACAGCCAAGUAUAUAUAUUCACCAUUCAACAAGAGACAAACUCUAUGAAUUCCGAUGUCCUCAACCGGCCUAAUGGACACCUCCAAAAAUUUUAAAAUAUGUUUCGAUUGAUACGUUACUGAGGUCAACUAUUAGCAUCGGUAUAUAGUUUUACCUUUAGCAGCAAGAAUAAAGAUAUAUUGUUAAAUAACCUUCAGUCCAAAAAAAUAUAGUUCUUAUCAUCAAUUAACAAGCGGCACCUGAACGUCCCACAUAUUAAACAAACUGGUACCAAAAAAAAAAAUGCAGAAUCUGAUGGCGUUAUUGUGACAGCAAUUAGCGCAAGGAGAAAAAACAGAGAUGUUUAAAAUUCAUCAUAGUUUUAAUUUAGCAGUCAGCUCGCUUUUACUGCAAAUACUGCUGGAUCGUUUAAGGUCAACUUAAUUUCGUGUAUGAUUAUCCUGCGAAUACAGCCAUCUCUGGCGAGGUGCGAGGAUACAAGGCUCUAUUAAUAGAAAUUAGUGGCGUUUUCAGCAUUGUUCGCCAAAACGGCAACGAGCUUUUUAAUAUUUUCCUUUCCUCUACAUUGGCAGGACACUGAAGUCAAUCACUGAAAGGACACGCGUCAAUCGAGCUCAAAGUAUUAAUUAACUUGUCAUAUUACAAAAUUGUAAAUAUGUUUAUGAAACCUACAAAUUCUACCCGGGAACUUCCUUUACGUAGACACACCCUGUUCACGAAAAUAAUGCUGUAAUAUUGCAGAGAUAAGUAACAUGAUUUCCUCACUCAUUUUCUGCUUCGUCGUUGGCGCGGUUUUAACAGCCGAAGAAGACUCUAGAUCUGCCUACAUCAAAACGCAAGAGAACAAGCGUUUACAUGGCUAUGUUGUCAAGAGAAUUGAUUCUACGGAUGAAAUGUCGUGCAGUCAAGCGUGUUUAAGACAUUCUUGGUGUACCUCUUCUAACUUCAAAGAGUCCUCGGGCAAUUGUGAACUGAACAAGCAUGAGUCCUCUACAACUGAUGAUGACACCAAGCUCACUGAUAAUCCAGGCACAACGUUUUCAAUGUUUCUUAAGGUAAGAAAAGUUCUGAAUUUUCAUUGCUUGGACAACAAGGGCGUGCGUGUGCAGACGAGCCUUAUUUCCGCGUGCAAGAAGAACUAGACUCCUGCACCCAGGAUAAGGCAACAACUGUUAAAGCGAAGCUAAUUAAAAAAAUAGAAAUUUGGUAAAACAGUAAAUUCGAGUUGUUGUAAAAAAAGCGCACGCAUUUCAGUCAUGUUUCGUAUGGAAGCGAGCCAUGUUUUCCCUUUCCCAAAUUUUUCAGUUCCGCAAAAUCAUUAUCAAAGGCAAUGUUUUCUUCCCUAACAAGAGGCUUACAUGUUUUGAAAAUAAAGUUAAGAGAAGUAUAGACUGCAAACAACCAUAAAUGUUAAAAAAGAUGAACGCAGAGGCAACAAUUUAUCAGUGGAAUUUUUAUGUUCAACAUUAGAGUUGCUUUGUGCCGUUAAAAAUGUUGAGGGAUCAGUCUAGCUACCUGCAAGAAUCCGUCGCUAGUACGUCGCCCUCCACUGCGCGAGAAAGACUGGCUAAAACAUGGCCUUUCUGGUAUAAAAAGCUGUAGGAAGUCGAUGGAAAACGAUGUAUAUAAUUUUAGCUUAAGUAACAUAUGAACAUUUUCCUCAGGGCUGCCUAAUGGCUGGAUGCCUUAACGGAGGUUCUUGUUUGUUCGACGAAGGGAAAGAUGCGUUUGCUUGUUCAUGCAGUCCGCAAUGGAGAGGAGAAAAAUGCGAAAUGGGUAGGUCGAAACUGUUUUUGUUCCUUAAGUACCAUAGACACUCUAGGAGAAGAGUGGAAGACGUACCCGGCUGAAAACGAAAUCACACAACUUUCUAUACUUUAUACAUGGCAAAUGUUUUUAGAAGCCAGGAAAGAGUUAUAAUCUGCUGACUGGUUUUCUCUGGCAAUGCAGUUGAUAUACAGUUCUCAGGGAUUAAUUUACAUCCCUCGUAAUAUAAGAAAAGUAUGUAACGGUAUGAGACUUUGGCGUUUACCAUUAGCCUCGCGGAAUGUGGAAAAGACAUUGCAUUGGAUCUGGUAAAAUUUUGUGUGACGCUCAAAUUAAGGUAAGUGAUACCUAACACUUGGAUCAACUCGACAACUACUGAACACAUAACGGACGUUUUUAUAUAGAGAAUUUGCAUCCAUAUCCAUCAAUUAGAUAAUUAUUUUUGCUUUAGAGGAAGUCUCCCUAAAAGCGGUCCACUCGAUUUCGCGACAAAAAAUAGUUUUCCCUUAUUUUUUUGUCGGCGAAGAGGCUUUAGUAGGUAUGUACUAAAAUCGCUAUUCUUAUUCUUAGCUCUGCUACAAGCCAAAAACGAGUUGAGUCCGUCUCAGCCUCUCAGAGAGCGAUUCAAAGACUAAAAUUGAUGGAUUUUGAAAAGAGCGUUGCAAGCAAACGAAUGCCCGCACAAAAAAUCUGUUCGAUCCGGUGUUUUUAGUUAACCUUCGAUAGUUCACAGGCUAAAUAAAAAUAUCUUUGAUCAAAACAUGUUCAAGUUACAGCGGUUCAAAGACUACCUAUUUUGCAGGCUUAAUGCGAACCCUGAAGGUAAGGAAGAUUUGACGGAAAAUAUCUCAAACGUUGCGGCCUAAAUCUGGUAUAAAAAUCAUAUCAAAGUAAAGUUUUAAGCUUAUUUUUUUGGUUUGUAGGCUCAGACUUGCGGGUAUCUUCUUGGAUUGCAACCAACAGUAGAUUGCAAUCUGCCAUUUUGUGUAUUUGCAUAAUUAUUGGCCGUGUCAGAUGUCACGGUCGUACCGGUUAAAAGUUCUAUGAAAUUGCUUCUUUCGAUACUUGAAUUCGUCUCAAUAAAAGGGGGUGGUAGGCCUACACGACUUUUACCUCAUGCCAAAAUGCUGCUUAUUCCAAUAAAGUUGUUUUUAUCUGCUGGGUAGAUUAUGCUCUGGAAGGUUCUGUAUUUAUACUGAGCAAAUGUGAUUUUAGCCGCAUGUUUCACGCUGAGAGGUCAUGACAUUCAUAUCGAUUGACUGUAGUUAUUGUUUUCUGGUCGGCAGGAUUUGCCCUCUGAUGCAAGCGCAUUUUCUUUGACCUCUUUUGAAGAGUAAAGCUUUUUUAUUACGGCUGAAUAAGGGUUCCAAUUUUCUCCAAAGUGCCUUCUGGAUCUGAAUAACUAAGCGAUUUUCUUUAGUCCGUGAGUGUGAUGUUUUUCUGCAAUGCUGUAUCACGCUGGGCCCAGCUCGUCAGUCUUCUUUGUAAAGAAAACGGUUACACAGGUUAUGAUUACGCUUACUUGUAUUGUUCCUUUUGUGCAGAUAUUGACGAGUGCACCCGCGGAACUCACAACUGCCACAGUUCACUUGCUUCAUGUACAAACACAGCGGGAUCCUUUAGUUGUUCAUGUAACAAUCCUUACAGUGGAGAUGGCAGAACUUGCUAUCUACUGGUAUCAGGUAAUCAAAUCGCCGAAUAUUAGGAAGAUGUCCAUUUACUAGACCUCUAUUCGGAGAUGGCAAAACUUGCAUUAAUAUUCCAUACUGUAAUUAAUCACCAAGAAUUAGGAAUGUGUUCAUUCACUAGACCCUUAUUUACUCUCGUUAGAAGCACGGCACUCUAACCUUGAUUGUUUAAAGAGGGUUCAGUUUAAUGCAAAUAUUACCCAGAUCUCUUGUCGAUGAAGCCGAAGGCGAGAUCUGGUCAAUUAAUCAAGAGGGAAAUUACAUUUUCUUUUUUUUUAGCCACUCAAACGACCUAUAUACAGUGAGGGAGUGACAUGAGUAUUGUCAUCAGCGCGUGCUAUGGUUUCUGCAAUUCAUUCUUUACCAUAUCUGUUUUUUCUGAUCGUUUGCCCUUUUGCUUGCCUCAUUACGACGCACGAAUACGUGUAUCGAUCAUGAGCGGCUUUGCGCAAGCCAAGGCCUAUUGAAGAACAAGAGAAUGGAAAAGUUUUCUUUUUAAGAUUUCUAAUGUAAGUGAAUGCUUUUAUCACAAUAGUUUACUUACUAGUGACUUCUAGUGUGUACGGGUCGCAUUGUCCAUACAUAGCCGGUUUGAUUGUGCAUGAUACUCGUUUCGUAGCUGCGAAACUAAAAAACUGUGUGAGAUUAUAACAUUGCGUGACAAUUAAGAUGGACACUUAAUUAUCGUGGUAGUGAUCGGAAUGUAUAUACCCUGGGUACCAGAGGUUUUUCUCUCGUGCGGUGGGAAUUUUCGGUGUUGGCCGAAGGCCGCUAGAAACGUCUCUGCCACCCAGGGUAAAAUGUAUAUCAUUAAGGGAUCAAUUUCAAUACCUUGUUUGUUAAGCUUGUUAUCUUAAUUUUUUAGUUAGUUGGGUUUAGAUUUCGUGUGUACCUUUGGCAGUGAACUUUUCCUAUUUGGAAUAAACCCUUGAAACUGUGAAAUCGUGAAGUUUCUGCGUUAGCAUUCACGACAAAAGUGGCACCUCCGACGGGACCGUGAAAAUAAUGGAGAGGCUUAUCGGAAAACUGAAAGCAAAACUACAGCUUUUGGAGCUCACCCACGAGAAGACAGAGGGUAUUAUUAGAACCGGGAUCACCGAGAAAAUUCGUCCACGUAAAGAAGCUUUACAGAGCAUUGUUAUCAGCGCGGAAGAAAUGAAGAGAGAGGUCGAACAAGCCAAGCUUGAAGGUGGGGAGGCCUCACACAAACUUAAAGAAUUUGGGAAAGAAUUCGAAUUGAAAGUCGACGCCGCAGAUACGGAGAUCAACCUUACUCGAAGAGCGUGUGAAACGAAUGGUGGCUGAUGCGGAGAAUGAAGAAAGAGAAACAAAGGAGACCCUGUUGGCCCGCCAGCGUGAAGAACAAUUAAAGUUCGAAAGACAGCAACUAGAGCAGAAGGCAGAGUUCGAAAAAGAAAAGGUUGCCUCUCCGAGUAAACAAAAUGUCAAAAGAGAAGGAGAUUCACCCGCGUGAAAUCGCGAAAUCCCGUAACAGAAGUUUUUACGUAGAAGACCAAGACCCAAAUGCACCACGGGGGUGUGUUUUCUGCAAUAACACCUCACACAAGCCUAGUGAUUGUACAGUUAUCUCAAGCGCCGCCGAUAGGAAGAAAUUUCUACUAGAGAAGAGGCUCUGUUUUAACUGCACUGGCCCUCAUCGAGCAGCUCGCUGUCGAAGCCGAGGAAACUGCGCUCUCUGUAAGCAGAGGCAUCACACAUCUAUCUGCGAUCAGCCUACCCGACCUGCAAACGAAGGAGCUCCAAUGACCGCCGCACACGUGGGGGAGAAAGUCUGCCACCCAGUAGUUAUAAUCAAGGUCAACGGAGUGAAAUGCCGUGCGUUACUUGACACUGGGGGCACUGGAUCGUACAUAUCAGCCUUCUUGGUGAAUCUCCUGAAAGUAAAGCCUUCUCGCACCCUGACGCGUGGUAUUAAAACAAUCAUGGGAUUGGUCACCAAGCGCGUCGAGACCUACGAUGUGAAGAUAUGCGAUACACUAGAGAAGUGCAUGCUACCAGUCUGCGUGACAAAAAUCGAACAGCGUCAGCUACUAACCCUGGAGAAUCCUAACUAUCCUGAGAUGCUGGGGGGCGAUAUCCACAUCUUAAAGGUGUCCGAAUGGAAGAAAACGACACAAAGGAACUCCUUCCCAUCCAUGUGAUACUGGGGGCAAAUGAGUACACGAAGAUCAAGAUGGUCGGUUAUCGGCGCGCAGGAGCCGUUGGCGAGCCUAUUGCCGAGCAGACCAGGUUCGGGUGGACGAUAAUGUCAUCAGGUGCUGAAGUUGACUCUCAAAACAUGUUCUUGACACAGACCUCAAUUGGAGACUACGAAGAACUGUCCCGUACGGACGUAUUGGGAUUGCAAGACACGCCUAUCGGAGAUGAGGACGUUGUGCACCAGGAGUUCCUUGAACAGCUCAAACGUAGUCCAGAGGGAUGGUACGAAACUGUGCUCCCUUGGAAAGGUGGCCAUCCCCCCUUGCCUAAUAAUAAGUCCGGAAGCCUUAACUGCCUUGCCUCACUAGUACAGCGCCUAAAACGGAACGGCAAAUUGGAAGAUUAUGAUGCCAUAAUAUAGCAGAAACUAGAAGAAGGCGUUGUUGAAGAAGCCGAAGAGCCCGCCCAAGUGAAGGAAUUCUACAUUCCUCACAAAGCUGUUAUCAGAGAGAGUUCAGAGACAACGAAAAUGCGAAUUGUCUAUGACGCCUCCGCCAGAGCCUAUGAUGCAGCUCCCUUCUUAAAUGAGUGUGUGGAAUCGGGAUCCCCGCUGCAAAAUCAGUUAUGGAAAGUGCUAGUACGCGGACGUUUCAAUGCAGUGGCUAUUGCAGGAGACAUACAAAAGGCGUUCCUACAAGUGCGUAUCCUCGCAGAAGACCGAGAUGCGCUGCGUUUUCACUGGAUCACCUGAGAGUAUCCCGAGCAAGUACGUACACUGCGAUUCACACGAGCUCUGUUUGGCUUGGGCCCAUCACCUUUUCUCCUCGGAGGAGGCAUUCAGCAUCACCUCAACAUCUGUCGACCUGAUUUCCCUGAUGCUGUACCAGAGAUUGAGCGGGGUCUGUAUGUAGAUGACUAGCUGAUGGGAGACCAAACUGUUGAAAAGGAGUGGAAAAUUAAAGCUACCUCCACGAAGAUCUUCGGAAAAGCCUCGUUUAAGCUUCAUAAAUGGAACUCUAACGUCCGAGAGUUAGAAGCCUUCGGCGCACACGACAAUGAAGGAGUGGUCACCUACGCAAAGGAACAGCUAGGAGUGAAGCCGGAGGAGUGUGGACUCCUUGGAUUGAGGUGGAACAAAGACUCUGACACAAUUGCAGUUACCUCCCCCCAAGAAAUUGUAGUCACUACAAAGAGAGGAGUGCUGGGCAAAAUCGCAAGGGUGUAUGACCCCCUCGGCCUAGUCUCGCCUUUGACUUUAGAAGGAAAAAUGUUGUACCGUGAUGCCUGUCAAAAGAAGAUGGCCUGGGAUGCAGAGCUGCCUCAAGAACUUUUGAAGAGAUGGCAGAACUGGGAAAUGAAACUACCUGUUAAAACUGAAGUACAUAGAGACCUAGUUCCAGCCAGAGAACCUAUUCAAGCAAUUGCACUUCCCGCCUUUGGAGACGCUAGCGCUCAAGGGGUCGCCGCAGCUGUCUAUGCAGUGGUCGAACAAACGUCAGGGGUGAACCAAGGAUUGGUAGCUGCCAAAGCACGCCUCGCUGAGCAGAGACUCGCCAUUCCGCGCCUGGAAUUGGUUGCAGGCCACAUGGCAGUUAAUUUGAUGACCAACGUUCACGAUGCUCUGACCGGGUACCCAGUAAAGUCACUAAAUACCUGGCUUGACAGCACUGUUGCCCUCCACUGGAUUAGAGGCGCCAGCGAAUACAAGCAAUUUGUUGGAAACCGUGUCCGCAAGAUAAAAGAAAAGGAGUCAGUCAUUUGGAGACACGUGCCGACACAAGAGAAUCCUGCAGAUCUGGGGAGUCGAAGCGGACCAGUUAACAAAGAGAAUGUGCUAUGGUGGGAAGGACCAAAUUGGCUGAAGAAUCCAGCUGGCUGGCGCCCAUGUAUUGUAACAACUGCAACCCCAGAGUCUGAGGCAGAAGCGAAAGCAACCAAGCAAGUGUUCGCCUUAGCUGUGAAUGGAACGAAAUCGAAUGUGUUUGAUGAAUUUCUAUCGAAGAGAAGCCUUUGGCACUGUUUGAGAGGAGGAGCGUGGGUCCAAAGGUUCAUCAACAACACAAGGAACUCCGAGCACAAGAGGAAGACAGGCGCUCUCACCACAGAGGAGAUAAACUACCAGAAGCUUCUCUGGGAGAAGAAAACACAAAAGAAGUGUGCCGGAUUGGAACAGUUCGAAGACGAUAAGCUGAAACUUGAUGGUGCUUUGGAAUGUCGCGGAAGGAUCCAAGGUGAUUACCCAGUCUACCUACCUGACAAUGAGAUGUACACUAAGAAGUUCGUGCAGCAUGCCCAUGAAGCCACUCUACACGGGGGAGUGAGCUUAACCAUGGCCAAAGUGCGAGAGACACAUUGGGUCCCCAGAUUGCGCCAGCUCGUCAAACGCCUAAUUAAGCGCUGUUACGGAUGCAAGAGGUUUCAUGCUGUCGCAUACUCCAACCCCCCUCCAGGAAAGCUUCCUCAGGAUCGUACUGUGGGAAGUAUGCCCUUUCAGGUCGUCGGGGUUGACUAUGCGAGUCCAGUAAAGUAACGUGUUAGCAGAAACAGGGAGGGAAAAGCCUACAUAAUCCUGUACGCUUGCAGCCUGAGCCGUGCCUUGUACCUCGAACUGACGAAAACCAUGGAGACAGAAGAGUUUAUCAGUACCUUGAAGCGAUUCAUCGUAAGGAAAGGCCGCCCGUAGAAGAUUUACUCGGAUAACGGUCGAACGUUUGUGGGUGCAGCAAAGUGGCUGCGAAGUGUGAUGCAAGAUGAACGACUACACGAUUUCCUUGCCAAGCUGAACAUCAAGUGGCAGUUCAACCUCACCAAAGCACCAUGGUGGGGUGGGCAGUUCGAGAAAAUGAAUGGCCUCGUCAAGCAAGCCUUCAACAAAAGCGUUGGAAAUGGAACUCUCACCUGGAGCGAACUGCAAGAUGUCUUGCUGGAAGUGGAAGUAUCACUGAAUAACCGACCUCUUAGCUACUUGGAAGAAGAUGUACAGCUGCCUGUGCUAACCCCAAACAUGCUGCAGUUUGGUCGUCCUAACCUACUUCCUGAAGACCACAAUCAAGAGAAACCCGAUCUUCGAAAGCGAGCGAGGUAUCUAGCAAAGAGCAAGGAUGUGGUAUGGGGGAGGUGGUCUACUGAGUACCUAAGAAGCCUUCGUGAAAGACACAACCUCAAACACAACAAGCAAAGGCAACUAUCUCUGUCAAGGAGAGACGUCGUUAUAAUCAAGGGUGAAGAGAAGAACCGCGGGCACUGGAAGCUAGGAAUCGUCGCUGAGCUGAUCACUAGUAGAGAUGGUGUCGUCAUGGGUGCGAAGUUGCGAGAUGGAAAGUCCUACCUUGAGAGGCCUAUUCAGCAUUUGUACCCUCUUGAACUGUCAUGUGACAUGACUGCAGGGGCGCCUAUCAGAAACCUGGAUUCUAAAGCAGCAGUGUUCAGGCCGACGAGGGAUGCCGCAUUUGCAGCCAAGGUCAGAAUCCAGGAACAAGCAGACGACGAGCUAUCUUAGGAACUUAUUAUGACGUUUAUUACUCAUAGAUUACUAAUCGGACAUGAUUAAGUCACUUCUCCUUGUUCAUUCCUUUCGGAAAUGAACAGGGGGAGUGUGUGUGAGAUUAUAACAUUGCGUGACAAUUGAGAUGGACACUUAAUUAUCGUGGUAGUGAUCGGAGUGUAUAUCAUUAAGGGAUCAAUUUCAAUACCUUGUUUUUUAAGCAUGUUAUCUUAAUUUUUUAGUUAGUUGGGUUUAGAUUUCGUGUGUACCUUUGGCAGUGAACUUUUCCUCUUUGGAGUAAACCCUUGAAACUGUGAAAUCGUGAAGUUUCUGCGUUAGCAUUCACGACAAAACUUCUACGAAGAGAUUUAUCGAGUGGAUAGGGAAACUAUCCAAAAAGCUACGAAACUUCCUCGAGGGUGCUAAUGGGGGUACCCAAUUCGCAGUUAACUACUAAUUUUUCAGCCAAAUAUCAGUUAACUACUAUUUUUUGGGCCAAUUCUUAGUUAACUACUAAUUUCGGUCAGCUAUUAACUUUCACUUUCCUACAGCGAAUAUUAUUCCGUCAUAACCCGAAUUUUCAAAAAUCAAGGUAUAAAUUUACAUGAAUUUACAUAAACUCCGCCACUAGUACAAUUUAUAAGUAACUGAAAAUAUAGAAAAGAACAUACAGUUAUCUAACCGAAGUAGUAAAAAUGGGUAAGCGAUAGCUAUUAAGACCCCCUAUUAACUGAUCUUUAGAUUAAGUCGUAUAGCCAUCAAUAUGACACCAGCCUCAAGGUCCAGACGCACCAGUCAUGAUCUCGUACUGAUCUUCCCGACCUGGUCAUGCAUUUCCUCCCAUAAACUACUUCAAAGUUACCUUCUUCGUCACUUUCAUUAUCUGAAACAGUCUCGUGUACUUAUCCGGUUGCUGUAUGUCCUGUAUCUUGUUGGGUCCUUGUUGUUGGCCUAAGUUUCAAUCCAUUUUCAAUCCUUCAAUUCAUUGCAACAGACGACGGGAAAAAAUCAAUGCCAAAAUAUACUCUUAAAUAACGAAACUGGACCAUUAUUUUUGGAAUUCAAUUGAUCUAAAAAAAGUUUUAGCUUUUUAAAAAGAUAGCAAAUUGCAUGACAUAGUACCUGUAGUGUCGGGUCUCAAGGGACUUAAUGUAGGAUAAUUAGAUGCGAAAUGAGCGUUAACACUCUAGAAAAAGAAGGACUUGUUUUCUCAUAUAGGACAGUGGUGAACGGACUAGUAGGAAGACUUUUGACGGAACUAAGGGCGUAUAAUGUAACCGUUUAUUGAGCUUGAUUCGCGACUUCACAUUGGCGACGAGGAGUUCGUCUAUUUUUUUUUUUUGGAAAAUGGCUGGUUUCGAUACAAUCCUGAAUUACGGAACAUUCGACCCCGACAUGGAUGCAACUUCGGCGGGUUCGCGCUUCAGAAAAUACGUGUAAAGAUUUAAAGUUUACGCGUAAAGCAAGGAGAAGAGCUUUAUUUUCACAUUGUGCAGGACCAAAAGUACAAGACAUUUUUGACACCCGAGAAGACACCGGUGAGGAUUUCGAAACCGCCGCUGACAAACUCCUGGAAUAUUUUCAACCAAGAAAACAUCACCUAUUGAACAUAUACCAGUUUCGGCAGCUAACUCAAGAGAAAGAGGAGUCAUACGAUGACUUCGCUACUCGCCUGAAACAAGCAGCGGGUCCAUGUGAUUUUCCAAGGAUUGACGUGAUGUUGAAUUCAGCUGCAGUUAACAGAAAAAAAGAAAAUACGACGGUUGCUUAGCAAACCUCAUACCCUAACGAAGACCCUGGAUUUCGCAAGAGCCAAGGAAAUAUCGGAUAAGCAAGCGGAAAGAAUUGAAAUAGACCGACAAAGCCAUGGAACUGACACCAAUCCAGAGGAGAAGUUAUAUACGCUGGGACAACAGGCACAAAGCAAGACAGCUGGAAAGGUGUGUUUUUCUUGUGGUGGAACUUUUCCGCACGCUGGAGGAAGGAUGAAAUGUUUAGCCGGGGGCAGAAAUGCUUGACGUGUAACAAAAUGAAUCGUUUCUACAAAUGUCGUGGGAUGAAAGGAAAAGAAGACAAGGGUGUGCAGAAAGCAGGCGAAAAGGACUCGGAUAGUAGCGAUGCGGAAUCCCUUUUGCGGUAUUGAGAAGGUUGGGCGGUGAAACACAAUCAGGGCCGCAGGCCCGUGAGCAAUGUGACACGGGAAAAUCGUGAAUUUCAAGUGCUGGUGGAUACAGGGGCCACGGUAAAUGUAAUGGACGAGAUCACGUUCAAGCGGUUACUGGCCGAUAAAGUGACAUUGAGAAAGUCAUCGAGUGUUUUGCUUGCAUACCAAUCGAACGAAAACCCGUCGGCGCCACUGAAAGUCAUGGGAAAAUUUGAGGCCAUUGUUGAGUCGAACACUAGAAUCGCCCCUGCCACGUUUCAUGUUAUAAAGGGACAUACGAACACUGAGCCCGUGAUAGGUUUCCAGACCGCGGAGGAUCUUGGUCUUUGUUAAGGUGGCAAACACGGUCCAAACUGACGAAACAAUCACAAGCAAUCUGUUAAUAGAGUACGCUGAUCUGUUGCGCGGUAUCGGAAAGAUGAAAGGAGUGAAGGUAGAUUUGCACGUUGACCCCGCAAUAACACCGGUUGCACAGGCCCACAGGAGAAUACCAUUCAGUGUAAGACCCAAGCUGGAAGCAGAAUUGGAGAAACUCGACGCUGAUGACACAAUUGAGAGGGUAGAGAAGCCUACCAGUUGGGUGUCCUCUGUACUAUAUCGCCGAAGCGGUCCAGCAAUGAAAUACGGUUGAAUGUGGAUAUGAGGGAAGCAAAUAAAGCCAUUCCACGAACCCACACUGUCAUAUCUACAGUUGAUGAUAUCAUAAAUAAGCUCAACGGGGCCACAGUAUUUUCUCAUCUUGAUAUAAACCAUGUGUACCACCAACUGGAACUGAAGGAGAAUAGCCGUGACAUCACCACUUUUGCGACACAUGUAGGUCUCUACAGGUACAAAAGACUCAAUUUUGGUACGAGAUCCGCCGGGGAGAUAUUCCAGGAAACCGUCAGCAAAGAAAUCACUCGAGACAUAGUGCGAUACAUCAACAUCAUUGACGAUAUCCUUGUAUUCGGCAGGAACCAAAAGGAACAUGAUCAGAAUUUAAAGAAGUCGUUUAAGAGAGCAAGAGAGAAAGAAAUCACCUUCAACAAAGAUAAAUAAGAAUUCAAUAAGGAUAAGUCCCUGUAUUAUGGAAUGGUGUUCUCGAAAGAAGGGGCCUCCCCUGAUCUCAUGAAGGUAGAGGCCAUUAAACAGGCUGAGCCCCCACGCAACACUAAAGAACUGAAUUCGUUUCCGUGUACCGUCCAGUACAAUGCAAGGUUCAUGGAGAGUUACGCCCCACAAACCGAUGUCCUGAGGGCACUGGUUAGAGCCGACGUUUUUAAGUGGGAAGAGAAAGACCAGGAAGCAUUCGAAGCUUUGAAGAAUGCUUUAAGCGCUGAUACAGUUUUAGCGUACUUUGAUCCUGCCGCUGAUCAUGAAGUACUUGUUGAUGGCUGUCCCCUGGGGAUCUCGGCGACGUUAGUCCAGCGCGGUCCGAAUGAAGACCAUCGGAGAGUGGUACAGUAUGCGAGCAGGGCGCUGUCAGAUAUUCCCAGAUCGAGCCGGAGACACUGGCCGCUGUCUUCGCGUGUAGAAAGUUUCACGUCUUCCUGUACGGCAAACCAUUCAUUGUUGUCACUGAUCACAAGCCUAGGGAGGUCAUUUUUAAUAACCCGAGGCAUGCAACGUGUAUACGGUUGCAGAGAAUGACUGUGCGAAUGCUCGAUCACGAGUUUAAGGUAGAAUACAGGCCAGGGAAGACUAACAUCUCAGACUACACAUCAAGGCACCCCCUUCCUCUCGGGCAGAGCGGCAAAAGGGAACUGGACAUGACUAAAGAUGUCAGACAUUACGUGAAUUUCGUAAUUGAAAAUGAUAUUCCAAAGGCGAUAAGCAAGGAAGAAAUAAUCGUGUCAACGGGAAAUGACAGGGAAUUACAGAAAUUGAUUAAGUGUGUCGAAGAGAAGAGUUUAGACCAUAAAGACGCAGACUUGAGAAAGUACUCUAACGUUUUCAACGAACUGGCCGUAGUUGAUGGGCUCGUUCUCCGCGGUGAACGCAUUGUAGUGCCUCAGACACUAGGGAAGCCAUGGUUCAGAUUGCUCACGAAGGCCACCAAGGGAUUUUUCGUACAAAGCAGUUACUCCGUGCCCAUGUGUGGUUUCCUGGUAUGGUACCCCGCCCCGUCACACAAGAGAGCCUCUAAAGAUGACAGAUUUGCCAAGGGGUCCGUGGAAAAAGGUCAGUGUAAAUUUCGCGGGGCCGUUACGAAACAAAGACGUGGCUUUGGUCUUUUGGGACCAGUAUGCCAGAUAUCCAGUCGUUGAGUUUACAUCAAGUACUUCUGCUGAUUACGUCAUUCCCCUAUUUAUGCGCGUGUUCAACACGUACGGAAUCCUCGAAGAGAUCAAAUGGGAUAAUGGGCCCCAGUUUAAUGGAUCAAAGUUUGCGAACUUUGCUCAGGAACAAGGGUUCAGACAACAGGUCAGACGAAAGGUCACCCCUGGGUGGGCUGAAGCUAAUAAUAACGUGAAGCGUUUCAUGCAAACCCUCAAGAAGAGUGCGAGAACUUCUAAACUUAAAAGACAAGCUACUCGGGAGGGAGUGAAAAGAACGGUUGGCAGCUAUCGCGCCACACCCCACCCAGCGACACCUACACGUGAACAGGUCUUUAAACUGUGUACUUGAGGUUGUACAAUGUAUUUGCAUAAUUAUAUCUGACCAACCUUUGUUAUUUUGGCUGCUUUUGUCUUCCCAUUAUUAUUAUUAUUAUUAUUAUUAUUAUUGUUGUUGUUUUCAGUUAAAAAGAAAAAACCGUUAUUUAGUAAUCCUAUUGAAGUGAAAUAUUUAGUAACAGUAAUAGUUUAGCAGCCUACCCCAUAAAAUGGCUUUUCAGCUGACUUUAAAAUUGCAAUUUGAUAAUUAAAAGCAUAAUUAUCUACUUUACAAUAGGUGAAAUUUAUUGGGGAAAAAAAUGAAAUAAGGAAAUGACGCUUCUUCACUUCAGCCACCUGACGAUUCUGCAAAGUCAUUGCAAAGGCGGAAUCCUCAUGGCCGCUGACUGGCAGUGAAUCUAAAGAAAGGCAUGUCUAACUUUUUUCUGUUUCCGAUAUUUCGAGAGUGCGCAUCGACCAUUUUCUUAAACCUGUUACAGAUAAGGGGCUGGGCAAGUCCCUUAACAUGUGUUAAAUAAACUCGAAUUUUUUUAAGACUUGUCAAAAAAGCAAGGCACGCGUUUUAUCACUGGUUAAAAAAUCUUUCGCUUGUUAAACCUGUCCAGUGAUAAAACACUGCUGUUCGUGUUUUAAACACUACUAAACACCGAACGCUUUCAGACUAGAAAACGACUGUUUUUCCUUUUCCCACAUGGAGAUACACUACCUUAGAAUUAAACACGAAAAACCAUUCACCAACAUUGGACAAUCAACUUGAACGAAAUGGAAUAAGGGUGAUAAAAAUUAAUUUGAAACAGCGUGAAUGCACUUUUUUGUGGCGUUUUCGCUCCAUGCCGUCGCAGUCGUGGUUGCUUAAUAUGCUCCUUAUAUGGAAAGAGAGUGUGACUGAUAGGAAGAUCAGGGAUGCCAAAUAUGGAGAAUAUGGACUCUACGACUCCGACUGAGUUGAAUAAACCCUGGAGCGGGCUAAACUGUAACGUCACAGAAAUUCGCACUAGGCUGCUAGAUUAAAACUGCACCAUUUGAAGAGAGAGCUUCAUGCCGCUAGUACGCAAGCUGAGAAAGAAAAUUAUUUAUUUUGCGCGUUUGAGCGGGAUCAUUAUGAUAACAAGCUUCAAUCGUAUCUGACACUUGCACGAGAUUGUUUUUAUAAAGGGAGGCUCUCCAGCAAAGCGUGGUUCGCUGCUUUCCGUUAUUUACUCUACGACGCAUCUCUUGACGCACACGGAUAGGUGCAGAAGAAAAAAAUGAAAUUGCAUGAAACUGGAGGCAAUGAAAAAAAUCAAACAGGAAUAGUUCAUACUUCCUUUUGAGUUCAUGGGCAUCCUCACUCAAGGGAUUUUGAAACCCGACCUUGGUACCAAUGUUCCAAGGCAACCUCAUUACACAAGACCACUCAGUAAGAUUUUUUUUUUUUUUUUUUAUAGUUACAAAGGUAUAAAGUAAAAGUGUCUUAUUACCGACGCUACAACGUUUUUAAAAAUGUGUUUGGGUUUUAUUUUUAUUCAUUCACAGUAACCUUUGAAAGAAAUUCAGUUUGCUACAUCCGCUUUCCUUUCCCUUACAGUGUAUAUUAUUUCGCGCUUCCUUCCCUCUACCCUUGUUUAUUAAUUCUGUUCCAAUUUGCUCUACAACCUUUUACCAAAAACGCCAAACGAAGAUAAAAUAAUGCGACUUCAGUUAGUAAUGUAUUCGUACCGUGCGCAAGUCACUUUUUUGUUCUUUUUUUACAUUAGGAGCCUUUUACAAUAGAGAGCCACCACAGGAACGAGAACGUCAUAAAAGUUAUAAAUUUAGAUUAGCAAUUUUGCCCGUUUGUCAUGCUUUUCAAUAAUGUGAAACCUCCUUCAAAACUUAUCAACAUUCAGUAGGGAUAUCGUCCAAUGGACUUCAUGGAUUCAAUCACUCACUUGGGGCUGGGGGGCUUUUAAUUCGGUCUGAGGAAAAACACAAGUUAAAAUGACUGAAACACUUAAUGUAAAUACUAAUACACAAAAAAUGUUAUGUACUACGGUCAUCAUAAUUUGCAACAUGCCGCUAGCACCCAAGCUCAAAAAGAAAAAACAUUAUUUUGCACGUUUGAGCCUGAUCAUUAUGAUAACAAGCUUCAAUCGUAUCUGACACUUGCGCGAGCUUGUUUUUAUAAAGGGAGGCUCUCCAGCAACGAUUUAGGCCAGCAGAAUGUAUAGAAUUCCAGAAAAACAAUCCAGGAAGCCGAACGGUUUGGAACUGCCCUAGACGUUGUUUUUAUCAGUAUGCAAGUAACCUACCCAAUCACUUACUUUCCAUCGAACUAAAAUAUCCUGACUUUUUUUUACCACUUUUCGAUUUGAUUCGUUUCAUUUUAUAAUAUUUUGGGCAAGCUGAGCUUUUUCAUGCCAAUUAACGCUUUUAAAAUGAAAAAACUUCGAGGAACGUUGUGUUUAAAACCACGGCAAUUUGUAUCUAUUUCGCUUCACUUACGCUUAUAUGCAAAUUACUGUUCAUCCGCCGGAUUUCGCUGGAGACAAAAAAAUCUAUUUUCAAUUCCCAAAUGCUUGCCUUUUGGGGCACCCUUUUUAUUUUGGCUAUCAAGAUUUUAAAACCCAAGCUUAACACUUUUCAUUCCAACGUUUUAAUGAGGGAAAGUUAGGAGAAAUGCUGCAACUGAUUCAAGUCACGCAACACGCUUUAAGACCGCAUAACUUGAUCUUUCUGUUAUCUUUUGUUCUUCUAUUGUCUCCAAAACAAUAACGAUGUUUCACCAAUUUCCACCUACAAAUAAUAGGACACAUUUGAUUGAGAGAAAAAUUUGCAUUUACUAGCGACGCGUUUCUACAGGCGCGAUUCCGUAAUGGGCAUGCGUUUUUACUCCAAAACUACAAGUAAAAUUGUCGUAACAAUUUUAUUCUUGAUCUAGCAUAACCAGAGAAGAAACGUUCCGUAAAUUCUAUCGAAAUAUGCCUUAUCUAAACCCAUUUCGCUUGUUAACCUCUCUAAAUUCGGAGCCUUCGACGUGACAGAGAACAUAGAGAAAGUCACGCGUUAAAAACAAUAGAAUUUUGACAGUUGAAAGUAAUUUGCAUAACCUCAGAGCGCAUUCUCUCCAGCUGACAUAGCCCCUUUAAAGACAGCGGUCUAGCGAUUAACGGACUAUGAUGCUUAUGGACAUCACUUCUUUUGACUGCUGGAGCUUUAAGAUAAUGGUAGUUUCUUGGUGUUGGGCGGAGAAGAAAACUUAGUAAACAUUUCCAACAACACAAAACAAAAGCGAACUAACAUUACUUAAUGUCUGCAACACCAAGAAACAAUGCACCCAAGAUAACAUAUACUACUAGAGAGUUCAGUAUACUCCAUAGAAAAGUGUAAGAAAACUAUUUUUAGUCCCGACCUGAGCAAGUAAGAAGAACUGAAACGUUGCGACAAGGACCCCAUUAGCUGCCAUAAACUGAUCAGAUGGACUCAUGAUCAGUGGCCAACUUAAAAGCUUGAUCAGCAUCAAAGGGUUCUUGGUCCAAUUUUUUACAAGAGAUAAAGAAGCUUCACUAUAAGAAACAUAUGAAAAUGGGGUGUUGUAAAUCCGUUGCAUAAGGCGAAUAGUACUGGUGUGCUACAUACUUGAAAGGUUUAACUAGCAAAAAUCACUUUGUCAUUAGACCCUUGUCACUAAAAUGAUUAACUAAAAGAAGAUUGAGAUGGGAAAGCGCCUGCACAAGCUUGUGUCAGUUUCAAUCAAGUGAUCAUUCAACUUUGCCUCUAUACUUAUCAGUUUUAGGCUUCGUAACUGAACCGACGCAACGAAGUUAAAUAAUCUUGUUUCUUCUCUAUUAUUAUUUAUUGAAAAUAUAUCACCGUUUCUGAUUGUCUCUAGUCCCAUCGCUAAAUCCCCACAACCGGCACACGGUUACUAUAUUUGGAAGCCGAUGUAGGACGUACCCAAUCGAUGGCAUGCUCCUCCUCGAUCUGCAUAAUUCCUCGCAUCUUAGUCAGACUCAUUCAAUAACUGUUAGAUAUAUUAAAUAUUUGUGACUCAAGAAGGUUCUCAAUAAAAGAGGACAACUUUGAACUUGUUUCCGCCAUGUUAAGGCGGGGAGUCGAAAAAUCACCCACAUUGAUCACGUCGAGCGAACAUUACAUUAUUCACGCUAUAUGCACUAUUACUUUCAAUCCGGAGAAUUGAUUUCUCUAAUUUUGCCGAUUAACUGCGAAUGCUGUCAACUUUAAUCAUCGAGACCCAUCUGUUGUCUAACGAAAAGUUCAGAAAGAAAGAGCCUCCGAGAAUGUUCCCCUAAAUCUUAAUUUACUAGUUAGUAUCUUUUUAUCUUUGUUAGUAUCUUUUUCUUUUAGCAUCUUGUGUUUGGAUUUUAUUUUUUUUCAUUCACGGUAACGUUUGAAAGAAAUUCAGUUUGCUACAUCCGCUUUCCUUUCCCUUACAGUGUAUUUUAUUUCGCUCUUCCUUCCCUGUUCCAAUUUGCUUUACGACCUUUUACCAAAAACACCACACGAAGAUAAAUGCGACUUCAAUUAUUAAUGUAUUCGUACCGUGAGCAAGUCACUUUUUUUUACAUUAGGAGCUUUUACAAUAGAGAGCCACCACAGGAACGAGAACGUCAUAUAAAUCAUAGAUUUAGAUUAGCGACUUUGCCAGUUUAUCAUGCUUUUGAACCUCCUUCAAAACUUAUUAGUAUUCAGAAGGGAUAUCGUCCAAUGGACUUUAUGAGCUCAGUCUCUUGGGGCGGGGCUUUUAAUUCGGUUUGAGGAAAAAUAGGAGUUAAAAUGACUGAAACAUUUAUUGUAAAUACUAAUAAACAUAAAAUGUUAUGUGCUACCCCCGGUCAUCCUAAUUUGCAACAAAAUUAAAAAUUAUUUGCGAAAACUUAUUCACAAAAAUGCCGAAGUUUUUUAACUGAGAAAUCACCAGACUAAUCCAAUUUCACUACUGCUUAUUCAUAGUUGGUGAAGUGAGACGCAAACAAUUCUUACAUGUGCCAGUCACUGACCGAUUUGCAAUUCCGCAAAACGUAAUUUAUAUCAAUUCCCAUUAUGUCGCGUCGCAUCGCAGUUAGAUGUAGUGACACUCUCUUCGAACGUUUUUCCCUCUUGUACGAUUCAGAAUAACUGUAGAAAAUUCGUUUAUUUGGAUAGCCAUUUUGCCAAGGCAGGUAGACGCUUAGGGCCUGUUUACAUGGAGGUGGGGGUCCACAGGUGGGUGAGGUGACCCGCUUAGGUAGGGUAACCCGCCUGUCCAUACAAUCUCUCAUAUGGUCAUUCCACCUAUCAUGUAAACUUGAUCAAAUUAAAAUGAGAGAUUAUAUGGACAGGCGAUUUACCCACCUUCAUGUGAACAGGUCUCUAAAAUGUGGAACUUGAGGUUGUACAAUGUAUUUGCAUAAUUAUAUCUGACCAACCUUUGAUGUCUUGGUUGCUUUUUUGUUCGGAUUUUAUUGUUAUUUUUUAAAAUUAAAAGGCGAAAACCGUUAUUUGGCAAUCCUAUUGCAAUGAAAUAUUAAGUAAUAGCAAUAGUUUAUCAGCCGACCCCAUAAAAUGGCUUUUCAGCCAACUUCACAAUUACAGUUUGAUAAAGCAAAAUUAUCUGCUUUACAAUAUGUGAAAUUUGUUAGGGAAAAAAACUUGAACAGAAAUUUUUUUGGUGUUGAACGCCCAAUGAAACUAAAUGACAUCGAGGAGGAAAAUUAAUCUCUGGCGGUAUAAUUGAAUACUGCAGUAGCCCGUGUAUCAGGCGUUUGAGAAAUAUGGUUUCUAUGGCGGCUGGCGGAACAAACGAGAGAGAACGCGCAAGCAAGCGGCAAAGCAGCCUUCCUAUCUCGCCUCAGCCUUCGAAAGCAGUCGUUUCUGCUCGCUCCUCGCCGCUAAGGACAAGCGUUGUAAAACAUUUUAACCGCAGAGUUAUCCAAUGCUUCCCAGCUUCUUCAAGUUUUGAUCAUUUUAACUAUUGUCUAUUUUAAUUGCAGAAUGUCAAAAUUACGGGAGUCUGAACAAUUCUGACAGGAAGACAACUUAUAAAAGGACCAACAAUUAUUGUGAUAACGGUACCGGCCCUGGAUGGUUUCGUUUUGAAGGAUCCGCCGGCACAAGAAUGCCAACUUCAUGUCCACCUACCUAUAGGUGUAACACUGAUGCAACCGGCUGGAUGAAUGGUGGACAACCCUCAGUAGCAGAUGGUCAGGUCAGCAGGCAGGUGUGUUUCCACUGGACAUCAGGCUGCUGUCAAUGGUCAACAAACAUCAAAGUGAGAAAUUGUGGUUCAUAUUAUGUGUACUAUCUUAGUGGUAUACCUACUGUUUUUUGUCGUCUCCGUUAUUGUGGCACUGACUAA